UGAACCAGCUAUAAACAAAUAUUUUGUCCAAUCAUUUAAUUCAAUUAACAAAAUCUUAAAAAUAAAUUAUAAACAAACCAUUUAGGAAAAGAGACAAAAUAAAAGAUUAUUUUAUUCAAAAUUGUACGAAUAAAAAAGUAUGAGCAAUCAAAAUAAUAGCUACCAAUAGUAAACACAUUCGCAUAAUUAAAUAAAGUUAUAAAUGGAUUUAGCACAAAACUUAAAGAUUUAAAUCAUAAUGAAUUUAAAUAGGCCUUAAGGGAUUUAGAUGAUAAUAAACCAAAGAAAUUUAAGCCUUUUUGUUCCAUAUACUUUAUAGAAUAAGAUAAUAAAUAAAUUUAAAAGCUCAUUUUAGGGAAAAAAAUUCGAAUAUUAUGUUAGAUAAAACAUUAUUGAUUGGCUUUAGAAUAGUUCAAAAAAUUAAAAGAUAGCAAUUUAAAUGUAAGGCGAUAAAUUGUUAGGUGGCGGAUGUGGAUAAUCAAAGAAUGAAUUUGAUUAAAUUACUGAUGCUGUACAUAAAGCUAAUGUAAACUAAUAACUAAAAAGGCACACUAUAUUCAAAAUAGAUGAUAAUUUCUUAGAAGAAUAUAAUCAACAAAAAUAAGAAUGCUUAGAAAUAAUUAAGAGUAUGUAAAAUAAUACAUAAAAGUUUACUUUUAAUACAAUUUAGCUUGAUGAUGAUGAAAAAGAUUUAAAAAGUUAAAAAGAAGAUUAAAAAGAUAAAAAAAGUGUUAAAAGUGAUAAAAGUGGAGCAAAUCGUAGAAGUAGUUUAUUGCAUAUACCUGAUGAUCACUAAAAUGAUAAAUAGCAACAUUCAAUGAGCAAAUUUAGCUUAUACAAAAAAAAAGAGGAAGAAAGUGAAAGCGAAAGUGAAGAAAGUGAAGAAAGUGAAGAGGAUAAAGAUAAAAACAGCAAUCAAGAAUAAGAUAAGGAUAAAAAUGACAAUAAAAAAAACAUAUCUAGUAAAAAAGAUGCUAAAAAGAAUUAGUAAGAAAAUAAAUUAUAGAAAGAUUAAUUAUAAGAUAUUGAUGAAGAUGAUGAUGCUAAAGAUAGUGAGUAGUAUAACCUAAGGGCAAAUAUAUUCUAGCUAGAAGAAUUUAUUUAUAAAUAUAGAAAGAAUUUAGGUGAUGAUAUAGAAAAGUAUAGGCAUUACUUCUAAGAGAUAUUUGAAAUAUACUUAAGUUUUUCAUUUCUAAGCACAAGUUAGUCAAGCUGUGAUGCUAAAGAUCUUAUCAAUCAAUAGAAGGAAAAAAUCAAAGAAAUGAGAACAAUAGUAGAGAGUUAAAAGGACAAUUAGCCUGCACUUGAUAUUGUUUUUUACUUACAUUUAUUUGAGAAAGUGAGAGAUACAGAUUUUGUUAUUAAAUAAAGUAAAAAUUUAAAUAAAUUAAUGAAUUCUUGCAAGUAUUUAGCAUCAAAAAUUUAAUCUGCAGCAGAAAUAGCAGAUAAAACUAGUAAAGGAUAACUUAUUACAGGCAUUGGUGAAUUGAUUUAAUACUAUAAUGGUAUUACUUAGGAUAUCGACUCUGCCACAUAAAAAAAUUUUUUUAAGUUGCUUUUUAACAUUUCAAUUCAUAAUGCGAAAGCAAAUUUAAAAUAGACAGGAAAAAGGACAUUAAAUACUUCGAAUUAAAUUGUAUUUUACAUCUCUAAAUUUAAAGAAUUGUUUGAAGAAAAUAAGAUUCAAGAAGAAAAAUAAUUGCUGACAUAUUUUCUUCUUAAAAUAAGCUUUUUAAUUGAAAUUCUUUUGGAAAUUCACAAUUAAAUUUAUCAAGAAAAAAAUGAAUUUUUAAUUUAAAAUAAAAUGGGAGAAUUUUAAGAGUAAACUCAUAAUUUACACACUGAUGAAGUAAAUCAUUUUAUAACAAUAUUAACAUAAUAUGUUAGAAAAGAUAGUUUAAUGGACAAAUUUAAGCAAAUUAUUAAUCUCUCUAUUAGCGAUAUUUACUUUAAGUUUGCCAAUCUCAAGCUGCAAAUAGCCUUCAGAAAAUUGUUGAUAGCAAAUUAACAAGAGUCAGAUCCUAUUUAUAAAUUAAUAACUAUGAGCUUAUUUAAAUAGUAUAUAGAAGAAAAUGAUGAUUCAGUUAAAAUCUUAUUGUAUAGUGAUCAAUCUUUCUAGUAAUUUGUUAACCAUAAAAAGAAGAAAAAUCCUUCCAAUAAAGAUAUAUUAGAAUGUAAUCAAUAAUUUAUUUAAGAAUUUAUAGAGAUGAAUAAAAAUUGGAAACCUUAAACAUAACAUGAUAGUAACCAUGGAGAUAUAACAAAGUCAAUUAAAUCUAUGACUAAAUCAAUAGAGACUGCUCUAAAAAAUAAUUCAAAUUACAUAGACAAACAAUUAAAUUAAAAAUUAAAAUUAUGAUGAAUACUAAGAAAUAUUUAAAUUAAAACCAGCAA